UUCUCUAUAAAACACCUCCUGGCCCUCCAAUACGAAGACUUAUGAUGGGAGGUGCUUUAGGUUCUAUACAAGAUAAAGCAUUUAUUGCUUGUGGAACUGAAGUUAGAGGCUAUAGUCGAAAAGGAAAACAAUUUUUGGCAUUUAAUUCGAAUUUAACAGAAUCAAUUCAAUCUUUAUUUGUUUAUGGUAUUGAUAUGUUAAUUGCAAGCAAAAAUUCUUUUUAUCAUUUUCACGAUUGUAUUGAGAAAAGUCAUUUUUCUUGUAGCGACAAUAUUCUUGACAUUCUUUGUUUACCUAUAACAGAAGGUGGAUGGGUUGGACGUGGAUUAACACCUGUUUUGGCUUGUGCUGAUAAAACAAUUAAAGUUUUGGAUGGUUCAAGAAUUGUUUAUCAAGUUCCAUUAAACGAAGUCCCGACAGUUUUACAUCUUUUUUGUAAUGAUGGAGGGUAUAAUAAACAGAAAGUAUUGUUUGGAUGUAAAAAUGGAUAUAUUGGUUUGGUUGAUUUGGGGGUAGAUUUUUGGACAAUGUGUCAACAAUUUGAGACAAAAUCUUUUGGAACUAUUUCCACAAUUCAUUGUUAUCCAAUGAUGGGAGAGGAGAAUAAUACACAACCAGAUGUUUUGAUAGGAAAGGAUGAUGGACUUAUUGAAUUAUAUUCUGUAGACGAAAAUAAUAAUUUAACAUUUCGUCAAUCAUAUCAAUGCGAAGAAAGUAUUACUGGAUUACAAGGAGGGAGAGUAGGUAAUGGGAUAUAUCCAGAAUUGAUAGUUACUACUUAUACAGAUGAAAGAGAACGGUUUAAUAAUGAAAUGACUCGUUUAAAUCAAAUAGCAAGUGAAGUACCUACAAAUGGAGGAAAUAAUACAAGUUUAAUGGCUUUUACUAGUGAUGUUAAAGUUGAUUUAUUGGAUGUUGAAAGGAAUUCUGCAGUUAUUUCUUCAGGAAAUGCUCUUUUGGCUGUUUAUCGUUGUCAGGCUGAUAUUACAAGAAUGGAAAUGCGUAUUAGAUCAAUUGAAGGACAAUUUGGCACUUUACGUUUAUAUAUUGUACCUAGACUUGUUCCCCUUACAUGCAAGGUUUGUUCGUACCCAAUAAAACCCCUUGCCCUCCACGAACGUAUCCACUAUUUUGAUGAACAUCGCCCAAUGAAUACUUUAACUCUGACAGGCUCAUUUUCAAUAGCAGAAGCCCAUUCUUGGUUAGCUUUGUGUUUAGCUGAAGUUCCCGAGCGUUGUCCACAGGCAGAGACUGUUACUUUUAAUUUUCGUUCAACAUUUAAUGGAGGAACUCAAUUACAAGCUAAUUAUAGUAAAGGGAGAGUUAGUUAUCGUUCUGACAAUUUAUCCACAAUUGUUAUUUUACGUGAUGUUAUUAGCAGAAUUGUUUCUAUGGGACAAAUAAAAGUACAUAUUGCUUGUGAUAUUAAUGAGGAAAGUAUUAAAUGUUUAGAAUUAAUUUGGCCUAAAUUGGAAUAUCAAAGUCGGUUAGUUAGACAAUUGGAAUUAGCGAGAGGUUUAAAGUUCUUCAAAAAUGUUUUUAUCUAA